AUGCGUUCGGCUCGACGGUAUCUGCUUGUGCUUCUACCGGUAGUCGCUCUGCUGUAUGUGCUGAGCACCUACUUCCGCGGCACGCCCGUUGAAAAACCCGUGGCUCGAAACAUGGCCGGAAAUCACAUUGUCAAGUACAAUAUGAACAAGCUGCAGGCGUCGUCGCAGGCGGCUAGCCACAGCGAGAAGGUGCUGAUUCUCACUCCUCUGGCUCGUUUCUACGACGAGUACUGGGAGAACCUUGUGGCUCUGAGCUACCCUCACGACCUCAUCGAGCUGGGCUUCAUUGUUCCUCGAAGCAAGGAGGGCCAACAGGCGCUGGAGAAGCUCGAUCGAGCUGUCGCGAAGACCCAGAAGGGCAAGGACAAGUUUUCUAAGGUGACCAUUCUGCGACAGGAGGCUGAGGACGCUUUGGCUUCACAUUCGGAAAAGGACCGACACGCGAUGUCUGUGCAGAAGGCCCGGCGAAGUGCCAUGUCUCUGGCUCGAAACUCACUGUUCCUGUCCACCAUUGGCCCCGACACUGCAUGGAUUCUGUGGCUGGACUCGGACGUGGUGGAGACCCCCCAUACCCUCAUCCAGGACAUGACCAAACAUGACAAGGACGUUCUGGUGGCUAAUUGCUAUCAGCGAUACACCAACGACCAGGGCAAGCCCGACGUGCGGCCCUACGACUACAACUCGUGGGUCGAGUCGCAACAGGGCAUCAAGAUGGCCGAGUCCAUGUCCCCUGACGACAUCAUUCUCGAGGGCUACGGAGAAAUGGCCACCUACCGACUGCUCAUGGCCAAGAUCUACAACGCCGAUGGAGACAUUCACGAGGAAAUUGCCCUCGACGGUGUCGGAGGAACCGCUCUGCUGGUUAAGUCCGAGGUGCACCGUGAUGGAGCCAUGUUUCCUCCUUUCCCCUUUUACAACCUCAUCGAGACAGAGGGUUUUGCCAAGAUGGCCAAGCGACUUGGCUACAAGCCUUACGGUCUUCCCAACUAUCUCGUCUACCAUUACAAUGAGUAG